AUGGCAAAAACCAAAGGGGGAACAGGAUCCGGGAGCACCCAACCACCAAAAGGGAAGAACACCAAACCCCCACCUCCAAAGCGGGCUACGAGGCGAACCACCUCGGAAGAGACCUCUGCCAAGGUCACUGAAGACCCCGUGUUGACUAUUCAGCCCGAGGACAGAGGACGUGCUGAAGUCUUACAGCAGGAGAAACAGGAGAUCGGGAGGGCAACCGUUGAGUCAAAACAGUCGGAGAAGCCGGGAGAAGAGGAGCCUGAACUUACACCUCUUGUGAAGAAAUCGAAGAAAUCCCAGACGGGCAAGGCAACUCCGGCGCGGUCUAUCGUCGCGCCACCACCACCUAUUCAAGCCCAACCUCAACCGCAAAUUCCUGAAACUUCCAUGCAGGAAGGGAGGACCGCCUCCGAAGAUACGGAGGAAGAAGAAAAAGAAGAACAAGAAAAGGCGGAAGCGGAGGAAGCUGAAGAAGGGGAGAGAGUUGAAGCCAUUCCAGAGGAUGCGGUGGAAGUUCUGACACCACAAAGCAAGAGGCCGGGAGUUAAAAGGAAGCUUGAUGUUGCGAAGCCUCCACUGCCCGUCAAGGCCAAACCAGCACCAGUAGGGAGUAAGACUAGAACCAAAGGCGAACAGAGCAGGAGCAAGAAAAAGCCUACUGCAGCCGAGAAAGGAAAGGCCAAGGAGGUGGAAAUACCAAUAGAGGCAGAGCCAGAAAAGACUCAGACUGUGGAAAGCUCUAACUCCGAGGACAUGGUUGCCCCUGCUAAGCCGGUAACAAGUACAAUCACCUCGAAGCCGAAGGGUGUGAAGCGCAAAGGCUUGGUACGACCUAGCACUGCGGAGGUGGUCAUACCGAAAGAUAGCCAGAGGUAUGCUAUUCUGCUGAACCAGGAAAUAACUCCAUGGUAUUUUCUGAUUACUGAGGUGUUGGAUGACUUUGGGAUAAGAGAACGUGUGGAAGGGUACUUUAAGAAUAUGGUUGGGAGAAAGUUUUAG